UGGUCGGACUCCGCAACACGCCUCCAUCAUUGCUGCUUGUUGAUAUCAUACAUCGCCAUUGCUUCAUGUUGAUACCACGGCACGCUCACGCAUCACGACUCUUCACGACCUCCAGCACUAGUCCAGGUGACUGCUGACUGGGUCAGAGUCGCUUCUAAUCACACGUACACAAACCAACCACGCCUCUUCACCCUUACGCACCACUCUAAUCACUUCACAUCAUCCAUCAUGCCUCCAGCAAGAACCGUCCGAAGAGCGGUCACCGAUGAGAAUGCAGAGGCCAUCGGCACCCAGCGCUUGACGCGUGCCAAAGCCGCCACUCUGACCGACGAUGUCAUCGCUGGUGAUCCCCCCAAGAAGGCCUUGACGACCAAACGCUCGGCCACCAAUGUCACAACCGGCCCACUCGCCCGGAAGCGGACGGCUUUGGGGGAUGUCAGCAAUGUCGCCAAGAAGGACCCGGUCGAGAAGGACGAUUUGAAGAAGGACGUGCUCUCGAGGGCGACAUCGCUGUCGAAAUCCGCCAAACCCAGUGGCAUCCAAAAGCAGCCCGCGCGUCUCAACUCCACACGAGCUCCUCUCGGACAAAAGUCAAGCAAUGCGGCACCCUCUGAUCUCAAGAGAAGUGGAUCGGGUAUCGGCGGUCCGGUGAAUGCAAAGCGCGUCAAGUCUGCUUCCAAAAGUGAAGACACCGAGGCGUCGGAGAACGUGCCGCCUCCCAAGAAUGGCUCGAGCGGCAAGAUGAAGACGGAGGAGAAGGUGAAGCCGGCUUCCGUCGAGGUGGACGAAGGAGUCGACUUGGAGUCACUUGAAGACCUCGCCAAAGACCUCGACACCGAAGACAUGGAUGACCCGCUCAUGGUCGCGGAGUACGUGCACGAAAUCUUCGACUACAUGAAGCAACUCGAGAUCUCCACCAUGCCCAAUCCCGACUACAUGGAUGAUCAGGCGGAACUUGAAUGGAAGAUGCGCGGCAUUCUCGUCGACUGGCUGCUCGAAGUGCACACGCGUUUCCGUCUCUUGCCCGAGACGCUCUUCCUCGCCGUCAACAUCAUCGAUCGCUUCCUCUCGUGCAAGGUGGUGCAGCUGGAACGCCUGCAGCUCGUUGGGGUCACGGCCAUGUUCAUCGCGUCCAAGUACGAGGAAGUCCUCUCGCCGCACGUGCAAAACUUUGUCCACGUCGCCGACGAUGGAUUCCCCGAGUCCGAGAUCCUGUCCGCCGAACGCUUCGUCCUCACCUCGCUGGACUACGACCUGUCCUACCCCAACCCCAUGAACUUCCUCCGCCGCAUCUCCAAAGCCGACAACUACGACAUCCAGACGCGCACGCUCGGCAAGUACCUGCUCGAGAUUGGAUGCCUGGACCACCGCUUCCUCAAGCACCCGCCGUCUCUCGUCGCCGCCAGUGCUAUGUACUUGGCGCGUCUGGUGAUGAACCGCGGCGAAUGGGACGCGACGCUCGUUAAGUACGCCGGCUACACCGAGGAGGAGAUCCAGCCGGUGUUUAAGCUGAUGGUCGACUACCUCGCCGCCCCCGUGGCCCACGAUGCCUUCUUCAAGAAGUACGCCAGCAAGAAGUUUCUGAAAGCGUCCAUCGUCCUCCGCCAGUGGGCCAAGAAGUGGGCACCGGAGUACCUCAAUGGUGCCGUGCCUCAGCCGAGCAGUGGCCGCACGCCAUCAUAGCUGCCAUCAGACGCAUCACGGCCGGCGCCAAUGAGGCUUGCCGGUGGCGUCGCCCAUCAUUCAGCUUGAUUGCUGUCUGUCACUUUGCUUUCCAGUCUUCAUACGCAUACCCUACGACCAACGGAGACGGAGUUAUAUGGAUCGGGGUUGUUUUUCUACUCAUUCGACUAAUCUCGACAUGCGCAAGACCAUCGCUGGUCACUACUGUGCUGAAAAUAAGCAAGCAUGCAUCGUGGGAUCUUUAGACGGCGUAACGAGGGGGCGGAGUUGCAUACCAUGGAGGACAUCGUGUCUUCGACGAAGGAGUGGCCGGCAUGGGGGAUUCUUUGCUCGUGCUUUGGGUAGCGAGCAGCAGCUAUCGUGCAGCGGAAAUGGAAUU